AUGCUAGGUGAUUCAAGUGUGCUAGCAACCUCUAGUGAUGUUGCGGCCACCGCGACUAGGGUCGUCCCUGAAGGUGGUAAAAUUGGUGGUGGAGGUGGUUUUGGUUCAAAUUCAGCUGAAGAGGAUAAGAAUAUGGGGGUUGAUCAUGAAGGUGACAAGAUGAAUUAUGGUGCAAACCGGUGGCCUAGACAAGAGACUUUGGCGUUAUUGAGGAUAAGGUCCGACAUGGAUGCAGUGUUUCGUGACUCAAGUCUAAAAGGUCCACUAUGGGAAGAGGUUUCCAGGAAACUAGCUGAGCUUGGAUGUCAUCGGAGUGCCAAGAAAUGUAAGGAGAAAUUCGAGAAUGUGUACAAAUACCACAAGCGAACCAAAGAAGGCCGAACUGGUAAAUCCGAAGGCAAAACUUACAAGUUUUUUGAUGAAUUAGAAGCUUUCCAAAAUUAUCCUUCACAUUCAACACAACCGCCAACAUUGCCACCACCACCAGCUCAAACUCCAACGGCAACAACUGCUACAUUGCCAUGGACUACUAGUCCUGCUAUCGUCUCUCAUGCUACUGUUCCAUCAACAACAAACACUAUCGAUGUCGUGCCUCAAAGCAUUGCUACACCAACAACCAACCACACAAUUAGUCCGAUGCCUUUAUCUUCAAAUUCCAUAAAUCCUUCUCAAAAUACCUCCCCAUCCUCUUUGCAAAAACUUACUACACAUCUUUUUGCUAGUUCUAUUUCAUCAUCGACAGCAUCAGAUGAAGAAUUGGAAGGAAGCAGGAAGAGAAAGAGAGAGAAUUGGAAGAACUUCUUCGAGAAGCUAACAAGAGAUGUCAUCAAGAAGCAAGAGGAUUUGCAGAAGAAAUUUUUGGAAACGGUAGAGAAAUGCGAGCAUGAAAGAAUGGCACGCGAAGAGGCUUGGAGAAUGCAAGAGAUGGCAAGAAUCAAUAGAGAACAUGAAACUUUAAUCCAAGAGCGAUCCACGGCUGCAGCAAAAGAUGCUGCAGUUGUUGCAUUCUUGCAAAAGAUAUCGGGACAGCAAAACUCAAAACAAAUACAAGAAAUUCCACAACCAACAUCAACACUACCUCCACCACAGCCACUACCGCCUACGCCCCCACCCACCAGUUUGCCACUGGUUACAAACUUGGAGAUUCCAAGAAGAGAUAAUGGAGAGAAUGUUACUGUAUCAAGCUCCUCUAGAUGGCCAAAAGCAGAAGUUCAAGCUCUUAUUAGUCUUAGAGCCAAUCUUGAUAUUAAGUAUCAAGAAAAUGGAGCUAAAGGGCCUUUGUGGGAGGAUAUCUCUGUUGGAAUGAAGAAGCUUGGAUAUAAUAGGAGUGCAAAGAGAUGCAAAGAGAAAUGGGAGAACAUAAACAAGUAUUUCAAGAAAGUAAAAGAGAGCAACAGGAAGAGGCCUGGAGAUUCAAAAACUUGUCCAUACUUUGACCAGCUCGAUGCUCUAUACAAGGAGAAAAAUAAAAUGGAAAGUACAGUCAGCUCAGGUUAUGCAGUCAAGCCCAUUAGCACAAUGGAGCCAUUAAUGGUACGCCCGGAACAACAAUGGCCUUGUCAACAAGCAAGCCAGCCUGAGACAAUCGUUGAAGAUAACGAAACAAAUAUUAACACCUAUCACAAUAUUGAAGAAAAUGAUGAUAUUGACGAUGAUGAUGAGGCACAUACCGAGGAAGAAGAUGAGGGAGGUGGUUUUGAAGUAGUAGCAAACAAACCAGCAACGUUGGGCAACGGUGAGUAA